CGGCACCGGUAUGGUUACGCGGGAGUGAUUGCGCACCGACCGCUGACGUAGCGAAUUUCUUGCCCUCCGAAGCUCUCGCAAUCAUGGACCAGGAAAGAGAGCGAAGGGUUGUGUGAGAAGGGACUCCGGCGGUUCUUUUGUUGUACUGAACUUCACGGUUGGGGAGUCCGGUCAGAUAAAGUACAUGUUGAUCAAUUAGGUGCACUAGGAGGAGAAGGCGGUCGUAGCAAUCAUGGCUUCUUCUUCUUCUUCUUCCGGUGAAAAGGGACAUUCGUCCGCCCAGCAGCAGCAGCAGCAGCUCCGAGGAAAGACCGUGAUUGUGACGGGAAGCAACUGCGGCAUUGGUCUGGAGACUGCCGCGGAGCUUGCGCGCCGAGGGGCCUCGGUCAUUCUGGCUUGCCGCAGUGUGGAGCGCGCCAAUGACGCCAUGGAAGAGAUACACCGCCGGCAGGCAGAUGCAGAUGUUAUGGCGAUGAAAUUGGAUCUUGGAUCCCAGUCGUCGGUCAGAGAAUUCGCAAAGUCCUUCAAGGCGUUGAGGAAGCCACUCCACGUGCUGGUUAACAAUGCAGGGGCCAAUUUCCGGUCUGAAUCGCGUACAGAGGGGGGGGUCGGAAUCUCUGCCCAGGUGAAUUUCCUAGGGCCUUACACCCUGACCCGGCUGUUACGUGACGAGCUUGUGGCGGGGGCACCCUCCAAGGUUGUCAAUGUGAGUUCAAUCAUGCAUCGAAUGGGGUCCAUACGCGAUGCGCGCGCGUUUCUGCGGGAACCAAAGCAGGGCCGCUAUGACAAUUGCAAGCUGGGAAAUGUGCUCUUCACUGUGGAACUAAACAAGAGGUGGAACAAGGACGGAGUGGAGGCGGCCGCCGUAGAUCCAGGUGCCGUCAACAGUAAUAUAUGGAGGAACAGUGCCUUCUCUCGUCCCCCUCUCAAAUGGGGAUUGCAACUUCUGUUUGCCCCUCCGUCCGACGGGGCCUCUGCAGUUAUACAUGCAGCCACUACGUGUCCAAGCGAGCCUCAUCAAAGAGCUCAUGCAGCGGAACCACGACCUGGUGACUCGUCGUCUGAUGAGGAUCAGGAUUACCGGCGGAACGUUGCUGAAAACACUCCAGUGCGGUUGUUUGCUGAGGGCGCGUUUGCGUCCAAACUGGUGACCGGGCUGCCAUCCUCAAAAUGGAUGUCCGCUGCACAGCCGGCGCUCUACCUCGCAGCGGCUGCCGUCGACUGGCCUGUCCGGAUGGUCACCGGCAAGAGGGUGUUCGGUAAGGUGUACGAAGUUCAGCCAAACCCUGCAGCCUACGAUGCUAGCUUGACGGCGUCGUUGUGGGAAUGUGCUGCUGAAAUGGCUGGUCUUCCUCCCAACGACGAAUGAAUGAUUGAUUAACACGAGCCAGCAAGGCCCUACACAUCCGUACACUGGCAGCCAGGCAUGCUACUUCAGGUCUCUGUCAAUAGGAAUCCCAUCUUUUGCUAAUGUCUUCUGGAUGGUUUCACCGUUUAAAGGAGCGCACUUGGAAUGUGUAAUAGAACACAAGCCAGCAAGGCCCUACACAUACGUACACUGGCAGCCAGGCAUGCUACUUCAGGUCUCUGUCAAUAGGAAUGCCAUCUUUUGCUAAUGUCUUCUGGACAGUUUCACUGUUUAAAGGAGCGCACUUGGAAUGUGUAAUAGAUUUCAACUCGAGAGCUCUGAUGCCACCGUUCACGAGUCCCUGGGCAUUCGGGAAAAGAGAGAGAGAACGGUGUUUCUGUGUGUGUUGUCAUGUUGGCUAUACACAACUCCACAAGAAAGCCAGGACUGUGCCAGACUGUCUCGCUGGACUCUCACCGAGUCAUCAGAAGGUUGAACCCCAACAGUUUGCCCAGGACUCAUUUGACUGAUGGAUAUCUCAAGACUCUUGUCCUGAUAUCAUCCAAAUUCAGUUGUAAAUGGGACGCUGGACCCGUUUUCCAGCAGGUGAUGCUCUCCACCAAUAGAUGGAGCCUCUUCCCUUGUGCUAGCGGUGUCUGCUCUUACCAGCA